AUGGACGCAAUCAAAUGCAACUCCAGUUUCCUCCAUCGCACCAAGCUCAACACUCUCUACUCUAAUCACAACUUCCCUAAACUCCGCGCGCCCAAUUUCAAUCACCUCUUCCGGCCAGCUGCGCAGCAGCCACUGUCGCUUUCCGCCAAGGACAGAAGAAGAAGCAGCGAAGCUGAAAAUGUCGCCGUAGUGGAAAAACCUCCUAAAUCAGAGAGAUUCCUUCUCUCCGAUGGACUUCCUUCCCCAUUCGGCGCCACCGUGAGAGACAACGGAGUCAAUUUCUCUGUUUACUCUGCAAACUCCGUUUCCGCCACCAUCUGCUUGUUUUCUCUCUCCGAUCUUCGUCAGAACAAAGUGACGGAGGAGAUUCAGCUCGAUCCAUCAACGAAUAGAACAGGCCAUGUCUGGCAUGUGUUCUUGAAAGGUGAUUUCAAAGAUAUGUUGUAUGGUUACAGAUUUGAUGGGAAGUUUUCUCCUGAAGAAGGUCACUAUUAUGACUCCUCCAAUAUUUUAUUGGAUCCUUACGCAAAGGCAAUUAUAAGCAGAGAUGAGUUUGGGGUUUUGGGACCUGAUGAAGUCUGUUGGCCUCAAAUGGCGUGUAUGGUGCCCACUCUUGACGAAGAGUUUGAUUGGGAAGGGGAUAUGCAUCCGAGGCUUUCACAGAAGGACCUUGUCAUAUAUGAAAUGCAUGUGCGAGGUUUCACAAGGCAUGAGUCUAGCAAAAUUGAGUUUCCUGGCACAUACCAGGGUGUUGCAGAGAAGCUUGACCAUUUGCAGGAGCUUGGGAUAAAUUGCAUAGAGUUAAUGCCAUGUCACGAGUUUAAUGAGCUGGAGUAUUACAGCUACAAUGAGAUAUUGGGAGAUCAUAGGGUUAAUUUUUGGGGUUACUCUACCAUUGGGUUCUUCUCGCCAAUGAUCAGAUACUCAUCAGCAAGCUCUCAGAACUUUGCUGGGAGAGCCAUAAAUGAGUUUAAAGUUCUUGUUAAAGAGGCACAUAAACGAGGAAUUGAGGUUAUCAUGGAUGUCGUUUUGAACCACACAGCCGAAGGCAAUGAAAAAGGACCCAUUGUCUCAUUUAGAGGAGUUGAUAACAGUGUGUAUUACAUGCUUGCUCCAAAGGGCGAGUUCUAUAAUUAUUCAGGCUGUGGUAAUACAUUCAACUGCAAUCAUCCUGUGGUGCGUCAGUUCAUAGUGGAUUGCUUGAGAUACUGGGUAACAGAAAUGCAUGUGGACGGGUUCCGCUUUGAUCUUGGUUCAAUCAUGUCAAGGAGCAGCAGCCUUUGGGAUGCAGCCAAUGUUUAUGGCGCUGAUGUAGAAGGUGACUUGCUGACAACUGGGACCCCUGUUAGCUGCCCUCCAGUAAUUGACAUGAUAAGUAAUGAUCCAAUACUCCGUGGUGUUAAGCUUAUAGCUGAAGCAUGGGAUGCGGGUGGGCUAUACCAAGUUGGCAUGUUUCCACAUUGGGGUAUUUGGUCUGAGUGGAACGGAAAGCCUGAUUUAGUGAUGAACAUGGAUGCCUUAAUGUUAAGACCCGAUAGACAGUAUUCUUACAUGAGACAACAAGAAAUGAGUGUUAAGUUCUCGUGGCAGUUUCCAUUGUGUGUGUGCAUGAUAUCUAUCAUCGUUGUGAAUUUAAUAUGGGACAGUGACAUUUCUUGUCCGUUUCAGUUCCGGGAUGUUGUGAGAAACUUCAUAAAAGGCACCGACGGCUUUUCUGGUGCUUUUGCUGAAUGUCUCUGUGGAAGCCCAAAUUUGUACCAGGGAGGUAGGAAACCUUGGCACAGCAUCAACUUUGUAUGUGCGCAUGAUGGUUUUACUUUGGCCGAUUUAGUAACCUACAACAAUAAGAAUAACUUGGCAAAUGGAGAAGAGAAUAAUGACGGAGAGAAUCACAAUUGCAGCUGGAACUGUGGAGAGGAGGGAGAGUUUGCGAGUAUCUCGGUGAAGAGAUUAAGGAAAAGACAGAUGCGAAAUUUCUUCGUUUCCCUCAUGGUUGCUCAGGGUGUCCCAAUGAUGUACAUGGGAGAUGAAUAUGGCCAUACGAAAGCGGGAAACAACAACACUUAUUGCCAUGACAACUAUUUGAAUUAUUUUCGGUGGGAUAAAAAGGAAGAGGCACAUUCUGACUUCUUCAGAUUCUGUCGUCUUCUUAUCAAGUUCCGCGAUGAAUGUGAAUCACUUGGCCUGAACGACUUCCCAACAUCAGAGCGUCUACAAUGGCACGGUCUUGCUCCUGGGAUGCCAGAUUGGUCUGAAACAAGUCGUUUUGUUGCAUUUUCACUGGUGGAUUCAGUGAAGAGAGAAAUCUAUGUAGCAUUCAACACGAGUCACUUAGCUACAAUUGUUUCACUACCUGACCGGGCCGGUUACCGAUGGGAGCCAUUUGUAGACACGAGCAAACCGAGCCCUUACGACUGCAUAACGCCUGAUCUCCCACAGAGAGAGACGGCGAUGAAGCAGUAUCGACAUUUCUUAGAUGCAAAUUUGUACCCAAUGCUCAGUUACUCUUCCAUCAUUCUCCUUCUUUCACCUAUUGACGACGAUACCUAA